AUGGCAGAGAACAAUGAGAUUCCACCACCCGUGGGAAGGUUUGGCGACACUCUUAGGUCGGGAAUUGAGUACCCGGGGGAGUUCGCUUAUGCAAACGACAACGUCAACAUUCCACCUCACUACAUUAGUUUGGUGAAUGGAGGAAAUCUUUUCCACGGACGGGAUGAGGAAGAUCCGGUGAGCCACCUCAAUGCCUUUUAUGAGCUAACAAACUCGCAUAGACCUCCAAACGUGGAGCAUCAUCGGAUUAAGAGAGCCCUAUUUCCGUUAUCGUUGAGGGAGAAAGCAAGAGCAUGGUAUGACUCUCUACCGGGCUACAACAUAGCAACAUUCCAAGAGUUGAAGACUUUGUUCCUCUUGGAAUACAACUCUCCAAUGAAGAUUGAGAAGUUGAGAGAGGAGAUCACUUCAUUCCGACAGAAGUAUGAUGAAUCUUUUGCGGAAGCAUGGAAGAGAUUCACGGAGAUGAUAAGGAAAUGCCCAAGUCAUGGACUAGCUCCGGGGCAUGACCUUUUAAAAUUCUACAAAGGUCUCAACAAUGAGGGCACGGGACUAGUCACUGCAGGCUCAAACGGGAACUUGGAUGAUUUGACGCAUGAUGAGGUGAGAGCCUUGUUCCAAAGGUUGGCCAACAAUCAAAGGAAUUGGCAUAAUCCAAGAAGAGCGGCUGAGAAGGUAGAAGAUACAUUUGGUGCUACCAAAGAUGCGGAAAGAGUGACAGCCAUUGAGGCUCAAUUGGCGGACAUUAGUACCCAGAUGUCUUCAAUAACGAAAGCAGUGAAAUCUCUUCAACUAACUCCUCAACCUCAAGCAGUGACCGUUAUGAAGUGUGGGUUGUGUCAAGGUGGACAUCAUACUGAUCAAUGUCCAAGUCUUCAAGGGCCACCAGUGGAGGACGUGAACUACAUUGGUAACCAUCAUCAAGGUUUCAACCAAAGCAACCAAUACAACAAUCAGCAGAAUUGGAGGCCUCGACAAAUUCUCUCAUUUAUGACUAAGAGUCAAAGGGAGAAUGAGAAUUUCAAAGAGAAGACGGUGGAAAAGUUUGGUCAGAUGGAAGCUACAAUGAGGAACCUCGAGACUCAAAUCGGGCAGCUAGCUACAUCAUCACAUACAAGAAUCCCAAAUAUCAUCCCAAGCAAUACGGUGCCCAAUCCUAAGGGCUAUGAGCAGUGCAAGGCGGUUAAGCUAAGAAGUGGUCGCGAGUUAGGUUCGACACGAUUAAUUGACGGCCAAGGUACUUCCGGCAUCUCACACGCGGGGGCGGAUAAGAUGUUAGGCUUGUAUUCCUCGCACACACGGGCGGACGAGGUAUGUAAGGGAGGUCCCAAAUUGGUGCAGGGUGCCCAACAUGGUCAAGUUCAGGCUGCAUCUGGCAGCAAGAAGUAUGGUGAAGAAUCCGAUUCGAGUGGAAAAAUUCGAGUAGAGAAGGAUAUCCGCAAAAAGAUCCCGCUAAGUCCGGCAAUGGACCCGAAGUGUCCAUUUAAUUUUCCAGAUUUUAUCCCCCCGCCUCCUUUCCCAAUCGAGAAGAAGAAGACAAAGAAAAUAACUCAAGAGAAAGGACUCGAUUGGAUGAUGAGUAUCAUUAAGAAAGUCAGAGUAGAUGUGUCCUUAGUGGAUUUGUUCCUACACUUUCCUAAAUUCUCCAAGUUUUUUAAGGACCUUAUCGCAAAAAAGGAGAAGAUACAAGAGGAUGGUGUGGUGAGAUUGAGCGCAUUUUGCUCACAAUUGGUGAAGGGGAAGAUACCUGCGAAGAGACGAGACCCUGGGAGUUGUGUGAUCCCAUGUGAGAUGGGAGAUAAAAAGUUCCCAAAGUGCCUACUUGAUCAAGGCUCGGGAAUAUCAUUGAUGGCUCUGAAGACGACGAGGUCAAUCGGUCUACAAGCGAGGAUUGAGUCAAUCGAUAUUGAGCUACAAUUGGCGGAUCACUCAAUUGUGAAGCCACUAGGGAUCAUCAAGGAUGUCUUGGUGAAGGUGGACAAGUUUGUACUCCCGGUCGACUUUAUUGUCCUAGAGAUGGAAGAGGACAAGGACAUGCCUAUCCUCUUUGGUAGGCCAUUCUUAGCGACCGGGGAUGUUGUGAUUAAGACCAAGACAAACACGGUGGUGUUUCGAGUAGAUGGUGAAGAGCUGGUGAUCGAGCAAGAGAAGGCGGAUAAGCGCCUAUGGGAGCUUGGAUAG